AUGUCAAACUUCACAAAUGAACUUUCUACCAGAACUCUGAUUGCGCCUAGCGCUUUGGCCACCGUCGCUGCCUUGAACGAAGCGAUCACUGGCUUUGGUCCUCAUAAUCUUACCUUGAGUUGCAAUUCUACUGUAGGAUUGUCAAAUUCAGCGAAAAAUGAGUUACCUCAAGAGUGCCUUCUCGAAGGUCUAGCUGUUGACAGAAGGUUCGGUGGUGGUGGAAGAAGUGGUGGGAGUAGUGGUGGAGGAAGUGGUGGAAGAAGUGGUGGGAGUAGUGGGAGUAGUGGGAGUAGUGGGAGUAGUGGUGGAAGCAGUGGUGGAAGCAGUGGUGGAAGCAGUGGUGGAAGCAGUGGUGGAAGCAGUGGUGGAAGCAGUGGUGGAAGCAGUGGAAGCAGUGGAAGCAGUGGAAGCAGUGGAAGUAGCGGAAGUAGCGGAGGAAAAACCGGUGGUAGCAGCGGCAGUGGCAGUGGCAGUCUCGGAUCGGGCGCAGGUCUAGGAGUUGGGACAUUUCAACCGCACAGCGGUGGAAACGGCAAUUCUGGAUCCAGAGGCCGCACUGGAGGAAAUACUGCUGCCACCAGAGGAGGAUAUCUCGGAAGCGGCUUCUAUGGCGUUUAUGGCGGAUACGGUGGAUAUGGCGGUUAUCCUGGCUACGCUGGUUAUCCUGGCCUCCACGCGGGGUCCAGAAAUGGUACCGUUUCUCUCAAGGCCAAUUCCGCCAUUUCAAAAAAGCCUGAUCUCACCCGCGUAUUGAUCACCGCCCUGUUAAUGCUAUUCUUCUUCCAUGCGUACGACUGA